CUCUACUGAAACUCCCACAAAACCCCACACACCUCAGUUCAUAAUAUUCAGUGUAAAUUAAUGGAUUAUCGCAGCUUCUUCUUCUUUUUCAAAUUAGCCUUUCUUGCUUUAUUCCUUCUCUCUCAUCAAGCAUUGGGCUCUAGUCGCCUUGUAUAUCCACCCGACGACGAGUCGGAAGGAAUUUGCGCCGCAAUCGCCACCGUAGGCGGCUAUGAGUGUCAAGAAUUCAAAGUGACAACCGACGACGGGUACACUUUGAGCGUGUCGAGAAUUCCGAAGGGGCUCCGGGGAGGCGUCGCCGGACAGAAGCGGCCGCCGGUAUUGCUGCAGCAUGGUGUUCUUGUGGAUGGGAUGACGUGGCUGAUAAAUUCACCGGAAGAGUCAUUGGCGAUGGUAUUGGCGGAUAAUGGAUUUGAUGUGUGGAUUUCCAAUCUCCGAGGUUCUCGUUUCAGCCGCACCCAUCAAACACUCAGUUCUUCCGACCCUGAUUAUUGGAAUUGGACAUGGGACGAAUUGGUUAGCCAUGACCUACCAUCUUUCAUCGACCUGGUCUUCAAACAAACCGGUCAGAAAGUUCACUAUGUUGGCCAUUCAAUGGGAACUUUAAUAGCUUUGGCAUCCUUCUCGGAAGGAAUGCAGGUGGACAAGAUUAAAUCAGCUGUGAUGUUAAGCCCCAUUGCUUAUCUCAGUUACAUGAACACUGCUAUUGGAGUUCUCUCUGCUAAGGCCUUUGUUGGUGAAAUCACUAAAGUAUUUGGCCUUGCGGAGUUCAAUCCGAAAAGGUAUAUGAUGGAGUACGUACUAAACAAGCCAGCACAAAGCCCAAGAAAGAGUAUCAGUUCGGCAUGACCAAAGAGUUCGGCCUCAGCCUACAGCUCAGUAAAAACCAACCAAUCAAGCUC